ACAAGACCCUAUCCUAACUCGGGGGUUGGGCCAAUCAGUCGUCGAGGCAGCAGUGGCCGCUGAGGUACCGGACGAAGAUGGCUGCGAGGCCUAGACCUUCUACUGAGGAACCCGCAGAAGCCGCGGAGCCUGUCAAGGGAGUUGAGGAAGCCGGAGGGAAUGACUCAUCCACACAGAAAAUUGAAGAUUUGAUGGAAAUAGUGAAAAAACUGCAGAAAGCAGGAAGUCUUGAGCCCCGGAUUGAGUUUCUAAUUAACCGGAUUAAUGAAGUUCAACAGGCCAAAAAGAAAGCCAUUGAGGAGUUGGGAGAAGCCAAAAAUGUCUGGGAUGCCCUGCAAAAGGAACUGGACUCAUUGCAAGAAGAGAAAGCACAUCUGAAAGAUAUCUUGAACAAAAAGCAAGAGACUCUGAGUAUACUUCAGGUGCACUGUCAGGAGAAAGAAAGUGAGGCACAGAGGAAGCAGACUUUGUUGCAGGAGUGCAAGGAGAGGAUCUUUUCCCUGAACUUACAGAUGGAGGAGGAAAGGAACAAACAGAGACAACUGAGGUUGGAUUUCGAGGAACAGCUGGAGACUCUGAUAGACCAGCACAAGGAUCUCUGGAAAUUUCAUAGGCCGGAGCAGUUGGCAAGGGAGAUUUGUGCCUUGGACAGCAACAAGGAGCAGCUGCUCAAGGAAGAGAAGCUGAUCAAGACGAAGCUGGAGGAUGUGAAGCGUCAGCUCUGCUCCCUGUGCGGGCCUGAGGGGCCCUCCACCCACGCUGAGGGGCUCUUCCUCCGAAGCCAGGAGGCAGCAGCAGCAGUGCAGCUGUUCAAGGAGGAGAACAGGAAGGCUGAGGAGCUCUUGGAGGCUGCAGCCCAGCACCAUCAACAACUGAAGCAGAGGUGCCAGCAAGUGCAGGAGAAGCGGCAGAGGCUGAAGGAAGAACUGGAAAAGUACAGAGUGCAGUCCCAGAGUGUGCAAGAGGAAGGGGUGACCAGUCCUAUGGGCCUAGCUGUCUUUGAGGAGAAAGAUCCAGAACUGCCCACCGAGGAAGGCCUGAUACCCUCCUAGGCCAAGAAGACACGCAUUGCCCCAACCUCUUCCCAUGGUGCUGCAGGAAAUAAAGGCGUUAUUUUGAUAUCA